AUGUCUGAUCCUCCCCCCGGGACCUCUGGAGGUCCUCCUCGGACACGCGAUUUCACCGUUCGUCGUCGUCCAGAACCUCUUGAUCUGGGGUUAGAAGCAGAAAUCGAAUUUGAAGAGCAUGAAGAUACAGUCGAUAAAGUCGGUUGGAUCGAUACUUCUGAAUUCCCAGUCCGAUCACUUUCUCCUGAAAACCCAGCACCAAGCAGCAGAAAGUUUAAAUUCAAACGAGAUAAGAAAACUUCUCAACCAUUACAACCCAAUCAACCGUUAACUAGGAUUCCGGCAGAUGAUGAUCUCGCGAGUGCAUUGGGGGCACCUCGUCCGCUUUUCUCGGGUCAUACGGCUUUACCUGCUAAAGGAAAGGGAAAGGCCAAAGAUUCUACCAGUAGUUUCGGAAGUGAUCUUAGACCUCCUAUCAGGAGUAAACAAGGGAGGAGUAGUGAAUCCCUUUCUGGUACGGGGAGUACGAGUGGGAAGGUCAAAAGUGGAAUGUUUGAUACGGAGGGAAAGAGCGUUUGGGUCGCAUUGGGUGUUAAAAGUGAGAAACCGAAACAGAUGUAUGCGGAAUUGGUGGUGGAUGAUUGGAGAGGUUUGAGAGGGUAUAUCGAGGAAGAAAGUCAGAAAAGUGAGAGUAGUUCUCAAUUCCACAAGACUUCAGGCAGCAGUCUCACUUCCUACCCCUCCAACACUGAUUCUCUCACUGGUAUCGGCUCAACACCCUCCCUCACUCCUCCUGUCAAACAACACAAACGUCCAGGAACUUCAUCCUCUUUCUUUGGCCGGACCAAAGAUCUGUUUACUCCUGCAAAUAAACUUCCAACACAAACAUCACCUCCUGCUCCAGGUACUUCAUCGACUGUCGACACAAGACUCAUCACUCCGUCCGAAAGUAUCCUCACACUCCCUGGGAUCACCACAAGUGUCAGUCCAGGUACUUUAUCCAAAGGUAAAUCCAACAAUGUCGUUGAUCUUUCUUUACACACUUCACCUUCACCUCUUAAAUCACCCAAAUAUGAGCAUUAUCCCAAUCCUUCUUUGCUUCUUCCCCAACCGAGAAUGUCCACUUCAUCCGCUCGUACCACCGAUUUGUCAGCUGCUCUACUACCUACCUUUCCCAGCACAUCAGACGGUCUGCAAGCCAUUCAAAUCCUCUCUGCCUUGGUGUCUAAACGAGACAAGCCCAACUCGCCUUCGAAGAGACCGAGUACUUCAGCAAGCUCUAUGACUUUUGGUUCUCGUUCUUUAUCCACCAACGCGUCUAAAAACGGUUGGACACCUCAUCAGCUCGUCCUCACUUCCUUCACCGUUUCACCUCGUGAAUCCGAGACAAAUCCACAUGCAGUGGAGGACGUGUUCUCUGUCACAGCUCCUUCGGAAGGAACAAAGACGGUUUGUCAUCUUCAUCUUUUCGCCUGCCCAGAUCAAGGGUCAGGGUUCAGGAAAAGACCAGGAACAGGAUAUAGUGUCCGUGAACCGGAGAGCAAGGAAGUGGCUAGGAGGAAAUUGGGUCCAGCAUGUACGGCUGGUUUAUGGGAUCAAGAUCCAGCUAGAAAAUGGGUCUUGAGGAUAGGGUUCGAGGAUGUAGAAGAUGGAGAAGGUGAAUUGGGUAAGGAGGGCGUUUGGUAUUUGGAAAUAAAGGCUGGUGGGGAGUUGCAAGAUUGGAUCGGGCAGAUGAAGACUGUCAUCAAUGGGUUGAGGAAAGAGCACAUAAUCGAUGCUCAACGUGCUCGACAAGACUCAACUUUCGCUUCGGUCUUUGGAGCCGGUCUUGAUCUCGAUUUAGGCUCCCCGCUCUCAUUUCCAUUACCGCCUAGCUCCAAUACCCAGGAUUCCAAUCAUUCGUCUUCGGCCGGUCAGUCUGCUUCUCAACGAGGUAGACUCCCAUUUCUCACCGUUUCCACGAAUGCCGCAUACCACCCGUCUAACCUUUCCAUCUCUCCCAAAACGACCUCUGCGUCUUUCCUUCAAACUCAUCUCCCCGAGCAAAGUGCAGCCGCUCAAUACGCCAACGCCGCCCGCGCUUCCUCGGAUCUCUCUCGUCAUAGUCCGGCCAACCCUCCCACCUUUCUGGAUCCCUUCCUCUCCGUCCCCGCCUCCGCUGCACCAGAACCCGAUCUUCUCGCAGCCUUGUUCGCUGGUCUAUCAACCCCUUCGGCUUUACAAGAGAUAAAACGGACCAACCAUCCAUUUGCCAUUGCCGCUCGUCGAGCUCGUUCCGAACAUCCAGCUAUACUGCCUCAUUUACCCCUUCCCACCCCAGAGGAAUUAGCACAAGUCGACAAAAUAACUGAUGGACUGAAAUCUCUCGGCCUGGUCCAGCGUCAAACUCCACAAGAAGGGAGGUUACAAAGAUCACAUAGUUUCGAUGUAAGGUCUUUACGUAGAUCAUCAAUGGAGUCACAUGCGACGAGUAGGAAAGAAGAUAAAGAAGAAAUAUUAUUAUCCCCUGAAAGAGUUGGUGAAAUUUCGACAGGAAAUAAACGUGCUUCAUGGACUGCAGGAAGACCAGGAUUAGAAAUCAUAUCAAAUUCAAAAUCAUCCAAUACACUCAAUACCUUGAAUUCUUGGAACACGAUGAAUACUUCAAACUCUAUGGAUACCUCAACUUGGAAUAAUAUCGGUAGUAUGGAAACUAUACCUUCUAGUCAAUCUCUCAAUUCUUUAAAACCUAUCAAAUCUAUACCUAGCACAGCUAGUAGUUUAGCUUCUUUAUCCGCAGCUUCUGGCACAUUAGCAAAAGGUAGACGUAGACCUAAAACAGCAGGUGAAAUACUUCCUCCUCAAUUACCACCUCCAGGUAUGCCUCUUCCUCCAGCUCCGGCAUCAGGAAUGGAAUUACCAGUGAGAAGAUCAUCUCUUGUUUCUGGUACAUCGGAAAGAAUGGGGUCUUUUGGAAGUGGAAAUAGUUUAUUUUCAACUCCUGCUGGAGGAUCACCAAGAGAAAGUGAAAGUAUCCCAUCAUCUGUACAGAUGGAUUCUAGAAAAACCAAUACAAUUAUAACGACUUCUUCAAGUUUGAAUACAUUACCAUCAAGUUUAUCAGGAUUUGGAUCAGUCCAAUCUGGUUUAACAACAUCGACACAAUCGAAGUUUAAAAAUCAUGGAUUGUCAACUCAAUCAAGUAUGAUUUCACCAUAUAAAAGACCUUCAAAUCCCGCUAUACCAGGAUAUCAUUCUUAUCAAUCCGAUUUAUCACAAUAUGAUUUGAAACCGACUUUGUACCCUACGAACAAUCAUUCAUCCAGGAAGAAUUCGGCACAGGAGCCUAUUACGUUGCAAGAACUUUUAGCUUCUGGACAAUCUCCAAACCAGCUCGUGAACCCUGAUCUGCAAUUAGCUCAAGGUCAAUCGUCUACUUCUUUAGGUAUCUCGAAUGAGGAAAAGCUGCAAGGAAAUCACGAUCGAUCUGUCAAUGCUGUUGGUCACAAGAAUCAAUCUCCAUUGAAGGUAUCUUCAACAGAUCCGAAAUCUUUUCAGGUAGGUCUUAGACAAGGUGCACUAGUUCCAGAUCCGAAGAUUCCUCAGAGAGGUCUCACAGAGGGAGAUAUCCACGCCAAUUCACCUCUAACGGGCCCGAAAGCUGCUCAGACAGAUAUCAGAGAGAGGGGACUGAAGAGAGUUAAAGAACAUGUUAAAAAACAACCAUCAGAUUCAUCUGAUGAACCAGUGGGAAUCAAAGUGACUCCACCACGUACAAAACAUCCUCGUAGGUUGGGUUUACCAGGAACACCGAGGUACGAAAUACAACCUCAUGAACAUGGUCCAGAGUAUCUCGCUACGCCUCCUAGGGAACAUUCCGAUUCGGAUAAUGGAUCCAUGUUUGAUUUCUACGAGAAUGAGAAUGAGAUCGAGGGUGGGAAGGAGGAUGAGGUUGGGAAAAAAGUCGAGAAUGAGAAAAAGGUUAAUGAUGAAGAGUUUGAUGAUUGUUCAGAUGAAGGGGAAGAAACGACGGAAGCUGAAUGGAUGUCACGUGGUACUGGUGAAUUCCAACAAAAGUCAAUUUCCGGUGCAGUGAAUAAGAUUAGACAUACUAUCCUCAAGAGUUCUCUGUCUAGAAAAGGGAAGGAAGAUGGAGUUCGAUUAGGAAAGAAAACCGAUAAGGCUUUUGUGUCUGAAAUCCCAGAGAAAGGGGGAGUUGACUCAGUUGAUAAGUCUAUGCAAGGUGGGGUCAACGUGCGUGACGGAGCGGAACAGAGAGACAUAAAGGGAAAGGUAGAAGAGAUGGAACGAGGGAAAGAAGAUUUGGAAGUUGAUGUGGAGAGUGAUACAGAGGUUGAAAGUAAAUUUCAUGGAGUGAAAAGUGAGAGUGAGAAGGAAAGAUUGGGACCAAAGGAAAUUGUUAAGAGGAAAAGAAAGGUCGCGUUGGAUAUCAUGGCGGAAGUCGACGCAAAUCCUUCGUUCAAUUACGAUCCCACUGCCGAAGAACAAGAAUGGAAUGAUCGUCAACGUUCUGUACGAUUCGCCAUGGAUUAGUAGGCAAAGGACGCAUAACGAUAAUCAAGUCUGUCAACAUCAUUCCUUGACCCCCAUCUAUAACGCCAUUACGCCGUUUCUUUUCGUCAUAACGCCGUUUCUUCUUCGUUACUUUUACCCUUUAUUCAUUUCUCUCUUCUUUCGAUCUUCAUACCCAGACCUCGGUGUCAAGUAGCAUUCGAUCCUCGUAGUACCAUCCCAUUGUUUGUUGUCAGUGAAGGUGAGAUCACUACGGGGAUUAGUCAGUUUCGGGGUGAAUUUACGUUCUUGUCAUGUUUAUGUCAUUUCGGGUAUCAUGUG